CAGACUCGCAGACGGCAAUGGUGGCAGGGAAUUCCAGACGAACUGACGGGCUGUCGUAGUCUUGCCUUCCUCAAGACUGCAAAGUGAAGCUGUAGAGCAGGCCUUGGCGCGCUAACCCGCUUUCGGCCCACCCGCCGCCUUUCCCAAAUGCCCAGCGAGACUGACUUGGGAAGGAACCAACGAAAGAAAACCACCAUCUCCAAGCACGCAAGCCAGGAAGAACGACAAGAUGCCACCCCCUGUUGGCAGAUACGGGCCGUCCGGCCUGGCAGGCCCCUACUCGCAUUUGCAGCAGGCACAUCUCCAACAGCAGCAGCAGCAGCCGCAACAGCAGCAGGCCCAUCACCCGGCCCACGCUCCGUCCGCCGCCAACACGGCUCUCCCCCCUCCCUCGCUGGGUGGGCAUCCCGGGUUCGCAGCGGGGAAUCCGACGAGUAGCAUCAAUCCGUUCACGCUGGCGGGUGCUGGGUUGGCGAACGGGAUGUCGGUGGCUGGGUUUGGCGGGAGUCAGGGCGGGUCGGGAGCCGCAGUAGGAGUGGGAGGGAUGGGAGGGAUGGGCGGCGACGGCAAUGGGACCGGGCUGGCGAGCCAUGCGGCGCAGAUGGGGUUUGCUCGGGGUGCGCAGAUGCAGCAGCAGCAGCAGUUACAUCAGGGACCGGACGGGCGGUUGACUUUGGAUGGCAAGAGCGCGGCUGUCAAGUCGCGGAUCCGGGAUGUGUGGAAGCACAACCUGGCGCAGGAGAUGGCUGUGUUGCGGCAGUUGGUGGAAAAGUACCCGUACAUCAGUAUGGAUACCGAGUUCCCCGGCAUUGUGGCACGUCCGAUCGGAUCAUUUACAAACAAGGCCGACUACCACUACCAGACGCUGCGGUGCAACGUGGAUCUGCUCAAGAUGAUCCAGCUGGGCAUCACGCUGUUCUCGGUGGAGGGGGAGGUGCCGCCGGCGAACACGGCGGACGGCAGCGGGCAGCCGUACGGGUCGCAGCUGGUGCCCGCACCGUGUACGUGGCAGUUCAACUUCCGCUUCUCGCUCGAGGACGACAUGUACGCGCAGGAGUCGACGGCGAUGCUGGCCAAGGCGGGUAUCGAUUUCUCCAUGCACGAGAAGAACGGCAUCGACCCCUUUGAGUUUGGCGCCCUGCUCAUCAGCUCCGGCCUGGUCCUGCUCGACGAGGUCCACUGGGUCUCCUUCCACUCGGGCUACGACUUUGGCUACCUGAUGAAGAUCAUGCUCUGCACCCCGCUGCCGGAGAACGAGGAGGAGUUCCACAAGCUGCUCAACAUCUUCUUCCCCUCGCUCUACGACAUCAAGUACCUGAUGAAGCACGCCGGCCGCAACCAGGCCGUCAACGGCUCCCCCUUGACCCCCGCCGCCGCCCAGAUCCUGACCAAUCUAGGCCAGAAAUCGGGCCUGCAGGACAUCGCCGACGAGCUGGGUGUCAAGCGCGUCGGCAUCGCCCACCAAGCCGGUUCCGACUCCCUCGUCACCGGCGAGAUCUACUGGAAGAUGCGCCAGCUCGUUUUUGGCGGCUCCAUCGACCAGUCCAAGUACUCCGGUCAGAUCUGGGGGCUCAACGGCCAGAUGCCGGCCCUCGCUGCUGCUGCCGCUGCCGCCGCCGCCGCCUACCACGCCGGCCUGCAGCAGACCCCGAACCUCAACGGCGCCACGAUCUACUCCUCCGCUGCAGGUACCCCGAGCACCCCGAACAUCUCCCAUGCCGUCACGGGUAACCAGACGCCUCAGGGCCAUGUCAUGGGCAUCGGUGCGCUGACCCCGGGCGGCAUCUUUCAAGUCGGAAAGGCUUGAACGAGUCCUUCUCUCUCUCUCUCUCUCUCUAUUUUACAGGAUGAUGACUAGCAUGUACAUACAGGCGCUCGUUGCUACAUUGGUCUGGGAAAGUUCUUUUUUUUUUCUUUCUGCCGAGUAUGUCUCGG